CUCAAAUUUCUCAGAACCUUUAGACUGCUAUGGGGGGAGCAUCUCUUUUCAUAACAAUGUCUCAUGUCUUCAAGGAAUUGUUAAUGAUAUAUUUCAUAUGGAAUUGUUGCACAUGGGAUGAGAUUGUAAAAGGUUCGAGAAUUGACGAGCUGAAAAUUAAUGAGAAAUUAAUGAUGUCUAACAUACAUUUAUCUGAGCCCAUUUAUAAACAUAAACUAAAACCAAAUGAAAAGAGGCAUUUUCCAUCUUUAAAGAAUGCCUCUUCGUUAUACCGAAAGCGCAGAUUAACGGAUAAUUUUAAUUAUACUUGGCCAAUCAAACAUGUGGUACACAUUAAAGGAGAUAUUAUGCUUGGUGGUUUGAUGAUGAUACAUGAAAGAGAAGAUGUUAGAAUCUGUGGCCCGAUUAUGCCUCAGGGUGGUAUACAAGCCCUUGAAUGUAUGCUGUAUACAAUGGACUGGGUUAAUGAUCAAGAGGAUUUCUUACCUGGGUUCAAGUUAGGAGCUUAUGUCUUGGACGACUGUGACAAAGAUACAUAUGGACUAGAACAAGCUGUAGAUUUUAUUAAAGGACAAACUGUUCACAUUCAUAUUGCCAAUACCAUGGAAAGCCCAAAGGGCAAGGUUCCUGAGGCACUUGAAAUUGAGCAUAAGACUAAAGACAUUAAUGGCAUCAGCCAUUAUGAAUACGCUAUGCAUCGAAGCGGCGAACUAAUACUGAUUUACGGUUUUGAUUAA